UCUCCGUGGAAGUGGGGGUUCCAUGCCAAGGCUGCUCCGCCUGCGCACUCAGCCCCGGGCGGCUCCGCGGGGGCCCUCUCCCAGCGGCGGACUCCGGCGCCGGCGCGGGGUGAGGUGGCCCCGCGGAGAGACGCGGAGCAAAGCCGCGAGGGAGCCCGCCAAGUACGGGGACCCCCACCCCGCCCCAAGCCGCCCUCCUCCGCCUCCCAGUCCCUUCCCACGGCAGGCAAAACUUGACCGUGGAGAGCAUCCUUUUAGAGUGGCAAUGUGUAGCAAAGCGAUCCUAGCACUCCUGAUCUAUGGCAUAAUAAUGCACUGCAGCGUCUACUGCUCACCUGCGGCCGGACUUCAGUACCCGGCGCUCAGGCUGGGGAAUGAAGUCUACGACGAGGACGCGAACACCCUGCAGGAGUUCGCCUAUGACCACGAGCCCCUCGGCAUAGCGAAUCCGUCCUCCAUGAUCGGCGAGAUGUACACCUUGUAUUACCCACCGGAAAAGAGGCACGCCGAUGGGAUCUUCAACAAAGCCUACAGGAAACUGCUGGGCCAGUUAUCCGCCAGGAAAUAUUUGCACUCCCUGAUGGCCAAGCGGGUCGGCGGUGCCAGCGGCGGCCUGGGGGACGAGUCGGAACCGCUGACCAAGCGGCACAUAGACGGGAUCUUCACGGACAGCUACAGCCGCUACCGGAAACAAAUGGCUGUCAAGAAAUACUUAGCAGCCGUCCUGGGGAAAAGGGUCAAAGACAUUAAUUUUCACCAUUUGCUACUGUACAUAGAGAAGGAUGCCGUGCUCCCAGGGGAUUAUGAGGAAAAUGAUUUGGGAGGAUUGGUGAAGCAGAUUCUUCCCCCGACCUUCCCGCCUCUCAUCCUCUCUUCGCACUUUUCCGAGCUCUGUUUAACCCACCUGAGUCACCUUUUUGGGUUGUGUUCUUUUGGGGGGAAAAAAAAAAAAAGAUUGUGAACGCUCUCUCACUCCUUUGUUCUGUUUUAUGCAAGCUCUUACUGUACGAGUUUAGGAACCCCUGUUGUAGCUACCACUAAAGAAUUAUGCACUACUACGAAAGUUUUUGUUCAUUGUUUAUUGAGUUUGGAGGUAAAAUGUAUUUUUCUACAUUCUGGCUUAUUGCUUAGUAAAAUUUAUUUCAUAAAACAAACUUUUGUCAUAAAAGAAUGUGUAGUGUUCACCUGUGGUCCGGUUUCUAACGAGAUAAACCAUUUUCACCUCA